UUAGGGCAACCCAGUUUGAUGUAGUAAAAUAUAUGAGGUCUGAGUUAAUAGCCAACUGUUUAGUAUAUGCUAUUUCGACAGGCAAUUGGACAAUUAAGAGAUUUCGUAUGGAAAGAUUAGGCGUAACACAAGUUUUAUCUAGGUUAAGUUAUAUUUCUGCCUUGGGCAUGAUGACGAGAGUUAAUUCACAGUUUGAGUCGACUAGAAAAGUUUCUGGACCGCGGUCUUUACAACCUAGUCAGUGGGGCAUGUUGUGCCCUAGUGACACUCCAGAAGGAGAGUCAUGUGGAUUGGUCAAAAACUUGGCUCUUAUGACACAUAUAACCACUGACAUAGAUGAAUAUCCUUUAAUCCGAUUGGUUAGAAAUUGUGGUGUAGAAAACAUUGAAAUGGUUGCUAGUAUUGCCAUACAUUCUUCUGCGGCCUUUAUUGUAUUUUUAAAUGGUAAUAUUGUGGGAAUUACAACAAAUUACAGAAAACUUUUGAAAGUUUUCCGCUUAAUGAGAAGAAAAGGAAAAAUAUCGAAUUAUGUGUCAAUUUAUCCCAGUUUUUUACACAAAUGCGUCUAUAUUAGUUCAGAUGGUGGUAGAUUAUGCAGACCGUAUAUUAUUGUAGAACAUGGCAUACCGUUGGUUAAUAAACACCAUAUGGAUGAACUGGAAAAUGGUAUAAGAAGUUUUGAAGAUUUUCUCCAUGAUGGUUUAAUAGAAUUCUUGGAUGUCAAUGAGGAAAAUGACAGUUACAUUGCUUGUUAUGAAAAGGAUAUUACCGUGCAAACAACCCAUUUAGAGGUAGCAACAUUUACUCUUUUGGGUGUAUGUGCCGGAUUGGUUCCAUACCCCCACCACAAUCAAAGUCCAAGAAAUACCUAUCAAUGUGCUAUGGGAAAACAAGCAAUGGGAACUAUUGGAUACAACCAAAGGAAUCGUAUGGAUACUUUAUUAUAUAAUUUGGUGUAUCCACAAAUACCCAUGUGUAAAACAAAAUCUAUUGAACUAACUAACUUUGACAAACUUCCUGCUGGUCAGAAUGCCACUAUAGCCGUAAUGAGUUACAGUGGUUACGAUAUUGAAGAUGCGUUAAUUUUAAAUAAAGCAUCUAUUGACAGAGGUUUUGGAAGAUGUUUAGUUUAUAGAAAUUCGAAAUGUAUUAUGAAGAGAUAUCCAAAUCAGACAUUUGAUAGAAUUCAAGGGCCAUUAAUUGAUACGCAGACAAAUCAGAGUAUGUGGAGACAUAGUUGUCUGGACAAUGAUGGGAUAGUAAGUCCAGGAGAACAGAUACAAAAUAAACAAAUUUUGGUUAAUAAAUCUGUGCCCACUGUAUCUGCAGUACCAGGCGCAACUAGUAAUGUAGCAGUUGAAUAUAAAGACACACCAUUGGCGUACAGAAAUAUUGAAUCUAGUUAUGUAGAAAAGGCAUUGAUUACUACAAACGAGGAAGAUACGACGCUCAUCAAAAUUUUGUUGAGGCAAACUAGACGUCCCGAAAUCGGAGAUAAAUUUAGUUCUAGACAUGGACAAAAAGGGGUUGUUGGUUUAAUAGUAGAACAAGAAGACAUGCCUUUUAAUGAACAAGGUGUAUGCCCGGAUAUUAUUAUGAACCCGCAUGGGUAUCCAUCCCGUAUGACGGUUGGUAAGCUCAUGGAACUGCUUUCUGGUAAAGCAGGGACUGUUGAAGGCAAGUUUCACUAUGGGACAGCUUUUGGAGGAUCAAAAGUAGAGGAUGUGGGGUAUGAGCUGACAAGGCACGGCUAUAACUACCAAGGUAAAGACGUAUUUUACUCGGGAAUAACGGGAGAGCCUUUAGAAGCUUACAUUUAUUCUGGUCCUGUCUAUUAUCAAAAAUUAAAGCAUAUGGUUCAAGAUAAAAUUCAUGCCAGAGCAAGAGGUCCCAGAGCUGUAUUGACUAGACAACCUACAGAGGGCAGAAGUAGAGAUGGAGGAUUGAGGUUAGGUGAAAUGGAACGCGAUUGCCUUAUAGGCUAUGGUGCUAGCAUGAUGUUGGUAGAACGCCUUAUGGUAUCCAGUGAUCAAUGCGAGGUAGACGUUUGUAACCAAUGUGGAAGAUUAGGAUAUUGUGGCUGGUGUAAUAGUUGUAAAAGCUCAGGACAAGUAUCUACGAUUCUAUGCCCUAUGCUUGUAAAUUAUUACUGACAGAGUUGCAAGCUAUGAAUAUUACAGCUCGUUUGUCAUUGAGCCACUACUGCAAAUAAUAAAUUAUUUAUGUAUUUGUAAAAGGUAAAACAAAAUAGUUACCUAUCAUGAUACAAACAAAACUUUUUAGCAUGAGUUUUCUUUGUAUCAUGGUUACCUAUUUUUUCUAUACCGUAUAAUCGAAAACAAAACGGCGUCAAGUUACCUUAGGAACGACGGUCGCUGACAUCAUAUAAUUUUAUAUACCACAAAAUGUCAACUAUGUCGUGAUUUUUAAGGUAAGUUGGCGCUGUUUUUUUACACACUUAAAAAAAUAUGCUAAAGAUUACGAAUUAUAUGAUUUCAGAUAUUUAUGAAUUAAAACUUUGGGUUUAUUUAGUAAUUUAUUUUUGUGGGAUUAUCGUCAGCGUUAAAUCAGUUGUUUUGAAUGUAUUUUUUAAUUGUUAAUAUCUCCUUUGUAAAUAUAGAGUAAGCUAAAUGUUUAAAUAUUGUAUAUUGUUAAUUUUUCUGCAUUUUUUAUUUAAUAAAAAUAGAAAAACA